UUAACAGUAUUCCAUACUAAUUAGUCAACAGGACGGAGGCGCCUCUCUCCAGCUCCCCCCCCCCCCCACCACACAAGGUGGGUAUAUAAGGGUGGGAGGUGCAGCAAUUUGAUUAGUGUGGUAACGGCAGCAGGCAGGAUGACACGUCGCUCAGCUGUUUUCGGGGUAGCUAGGCUGCUAGCAGUGCUCUCAGUGGUUACAAUGACCAGUGCUGCCAAAGGUAUCCUGGUGCCCAGCAUCCCAGACUCUGUCACCCUCGACAAUACCCCCACCUACAGCCUAUGGGAACACGCCCUCAGGAACCAGAAGGACGACAAGGGCCAGCCGCUAGUGUGUGAGGGACCAGGUCCCAAAACGGUCCUGUCUCCCGCUUCCAGUAUGCUGAUGAACCUUGUACCGAUGGGCGCCGCACAUCCACUGUACAGUAACGAGUACAGGGACCUGCGCACAGAGUUCCUGCGGGACUACAUGGUGUCAGAGGCUGUCAGUCCUGAUAACGCAGAGAUGCUGCAGCCCGAAGGUCUGUCUGUGAGCAACUUCAAUGGCAACCAGCUCACAUUUAAGAAGGAUGCCAAAGAUCAGAUCACUGUAAAUGACGUGAGUGUGGACACUGCCCAGACGUUGCCUGACGGGAUCGUUACAUACACAUUGGAUGGCUUCCUGUUCGACCACAAGAGUCAGGUAGAUGAGGCUUUCCACCAUCUUCAAAGCACUCAGCCGAGCAGUGGACCAUUUGGUAGACCUGGAGCUCCAGCCCCACCCUAAGCGCUGUUCGUCUUGAAGGGAACUGCAGAGUUAAUUUGAAGAAUUUCAUAUUUAGAGAGGCAAAGUACAUUUUAAUCAAUACUUCUGAAAUUUUAAUGGCAAUUUAGUAUUUAUGUUUAUGGUGUGAUAUAUAGAAGUUACAUUAAUUACGAAUAAUCUUGUAAUGUAAUCAGCAUUAUGUCACUGUAUAUAUUCUAUUUAUAAUUGCACUUAAAAUUCAGGCAUACUUAAAGAGAAGUUGUUUGUGGAUAAUUAUUUCCAUAAUAGUUUUGAUUUUUUAUAGCCAAGUACUUAAUUAGAUAAUCUUCAGUACAUACUAGGCAUUUCAGCUAUUAAUAAAGCAAUGUAAUAUAUUUGGAUGUUUUAUUUGGAUUUUGAUGAGAAUAAUAUAGAAUCCUAGAGACUAGUUCUUCAGGUUAGCUCAAGAAAGUCUUGAUGUUUGCUCAGUCUUCUAGAAGAGUAUGAACUAUUGCAAAUUAUUGCCAUGGAACUAUAUUGGCACAAUCUUUGCCUGAGACGUGUUUAGUAAUAAUGUUAUUUGUCAAAAUAUUAAAUAAUUGCAUCCUGUGUAAUAAAGCUGGUGCCUUGGA